GUCGCAAUCGGCUCAGUCUGGCAGUGAUCGCGAUGAACGUUAGUCUGUUGGUUGGAGCGUUUGUAUUGAGUGUGCUAGUUGGCGCCGAAGCCGCUGCCAACUGUGGUCAGAAGAAAUCUCUGGUUCAGGAGUUCAUCGUAAAUGGGUACCGAACGAUGGCCGGGUCUUGGCCCUGGCAUGGGGCCAUGUUCCACCGCAUGGGACGAACCACGACGUAUGCCUGCGGGGUUACGGUCCUGACGGAGCAGUUUGUGAUAACGGCGGCCCAUUGUACGUUCGAUCAGGCUGAACGGCAGAGACUUCCGGCGAGUAGGGUGUUUGUGAGGCUUGGGAUUACGAACCUGGAUGUGUCGGAUCGGCACGUCCAGCAGCACAGUGUAGACAAGAUCAUACGUCACGAAGAGUACGACGAGCUGGUGUUCGAGAAUGACAUCGCGCUGAUUAAGUUGCUCAAUGAGAUAACCUACUCGAGCUACGUUCAGCCGAUUUGUUUGUGGCAGGGUGAUACUUCGUUGUCGGGCAUUGUGAACCAAGUGGGGUACAUUAUGGGUUGGGGCUUGGAUGAGGAGUACAAGCUGCCUAGCGAUUUGAACCAAGCAACGGUACCGAUCGUGAGUAAGAGGGAUUGCCUGGAGAGUGAUUUGGCUCAUUACACCAGAUUCUACCAUGAGUCAAAAACGUUCUGCGCGGGGUAUGGGAACGGAACUUCUGCGGGACCUGGCGACAGUGGUGGUGGCCUGUUUCUACACAGAGGAGAUCACUGGUUCAUGAGGGGAAUCAUAAGCAACGGCAAAGUAGAUCCCAACACACUGCUUCUCAAUAGUGAAAGCUUCGUGGUGUUCACCGAUGUUGCUUACUACAUGGAUUGGAUCAAGAAACACGUGACGAUCGCGACGAGCGUUAUGAUCGAUACGGACUUGGUCGUGGCACCACCGCCUAGCAGUACUUCGGAAGCAAUGCAGUCAAACCUUCUAGGAUUGCAGUCUUGCGGGAAAGAUCAGUACCAGUUGGGGACUCCAGAAGAGCUGAAAAAAUCACUGGAUCAGUAUCCGUGGCUCGCGGUGAUCGAACACAUCAAUCUGAACACUCGAGCCUUAGAAGAUGUCUGUCACGGAGUCUUGAUCCACCCGAAGUUUAUACUAACAGCAGCGCAUUGCGUCCAGCGGAAGCGACAGUCUCAGCUUCGCUCAGUUCGUCUCAACGACUACCGUCUGGAUACGGUGACGGACAUCUUUGUGACCAACGGACUAACCACCAAAACCACCUCGGAUCGCAUCGCCAUCACGGGAUCAUCAACACAUCCAAACUACAACAGCCCCAAGUUUGCCAACAACAUUGCCCUGCUCAUGCUCGGCAAGCCAACGACCAUGACUCCGAUCUGUCUCCCGCCGAAGGGAUUCCCGCUGCCAACGGCCGGAAAGCUGUUCAGCAUCAUCGGCUGGAAGCGGAACAGCCGGCCCGAGAAGCCCCUCAUCCGGAACGUGGUCCAGCUGGCGGACUUUGAAACCUGCCGGCGAAAGUACCUGCGGGCGAACAUUACGCUGGACACUUCGGGUGGGCAGCUGUGCAGUACGUACAACCACGAUGACGACGGGGAAAGCUGCUCGCACUAUAUGGGAGCGGCCCCGUUCCAGUAUGUGGUGAACGGCCCUACGGAGGGGCGGUACUACCUGGCGGCGUUGUCCAGCUUUGGGCAUACGAACUGCCGGAUGGAUGAGUACUCGGAUGUGUUUACCUAUGUGGGGCAUUACGUGGAUUGGAUCCAGGAGAAGGUGACGAAGAAUCAAUAAAGUGUAAGUGGAUCAAGUUCGAUCGUA